AUGACAUCCGAAGACACACUCCCCGAAAGAUGGGUCGCCGCCUGGUCCGCCAACGACCCAGCCGCCUUUGCGCAGCUCUUCGUGCCGAACGCCGUCUACAUUGACCACGGGUCCCAGCUCCACGUGACCCGGAUGGACAACCACCACCGAGUCUGGCGCAACGCCGUCCCCAAUUUUACGGCGGUGCUGGACCCGUCUACGCCGAUAUGGUGGGCAAAGAAGGACACUGGUGACGGGAAGACGAGGACAACGUGCGUGUUUAGAUCUCUCAUGAAUGGCACGUUUCUGGGGUCACUGCCUCGGAAGCCGGCGACGGGGGCGGACUGGUGUUUUGUGGCGAUGGUUUGCAUGGAGAUUGAGGAUGGGUUGAUUUUGAAGCUGGAUGAAUUUUAUCGGGAUAGUUUUGAGAAGGGUGUUGCGGUGGAUCAGUUUCUUCGGGAUUCGUAA